AUGAGGAAUAGCGAAUCUGUAGCUGGUGGUGAGACAGCACCUCCUGCAGAGACCUGUGUGUGGUACAGAAAACAUAAAAUGUAAUAUCCAUCCGGUCUGCAAACACUGUGUGAGUUUAAGACAUGCUUGCGUCUGCAGGAUGGAUGUAUUGCUGCUGCUGUAAAUCUAGUAGUACAAGGGAAAAUGAAGCAAAAAUUAAAAUGGUACUUUAAGCUGUAUGAUGCAGAUGGAAAUGCUUCUACUGACAAAAGGGAACUACUGAACAUCUUCGUGUGCAGAAAGUCUGUGGGAGCAGCUAAAAUACAAGAUGGUUUAUAUAGCAAAAAGACAUGGACAAAGAAUAAAGUUUCUUUGCAAGCACUACAAGCCCUCAAUGGCCAGCAAACUCUGAAUCCUGAAGAAUUUACCAACUUGGUGUUCCAUAAGAUCGAUACAAACGAUGACAAAUUGACUUUAGAAGAAUUUAUCAAUGGCAUGGAAAAAGAACAGCAUCUUCUGGAGGUUGUUUCCAAGAGUUUCGACCUUUCCAAUGUACUGAAAGUAAUCUGUGAUGGGAAGCAGCCAGACAGACACAGGAGAGAGGCUUCUUCCAAACCAUCUGACAAGGCUUGUCUAGGGAAGGUGAAAAUGAGGUGGCUAUGGGAACGCCUUAGCCAGCUUUCAGUGGAGAAGAAAUGUGAUUUUCUGUACAUACAUGCUAUUGACUUCAGGUUUUUAUUAUCAUUGGUAUCCGCUUAUGAAUAA